UUUUAGAAAUCUUUGCAAAUAUUUUUUUUUUUUAAACAACGGAAAUAACACAUUUACAUCAGUAUUCAGACCCUUUACUCAGUACUUUGUUGAAGCAACUUUGGCAGCGAUUACAGCCUCGAGUCUUUUUGGGCACAGCUAUUUUCAGGUCUCUCCAGAGAUGUUUGAUCGGGUACAAAUCCGGGCUUUGGCUGGGCCACUCAAGGACAUUCAGAGACUUUCCCCGUGGCCACUCCUGCGUUGUCUUGGCUGUUUGAUGAGGGUCGUUGUCCUGUUGGAAGGUGAACUUUCGCCACAAUCUGAGGUCCUGAGGUUUUCAUCAAGGAUCUCUCUGUACAUUGCUCCAUUCAUCUUUCCCUCGAACCUGACGAGUCUCCCAGUCCCUGUCGCUGAAAUACAUCCCCACAGCAGGAUGCUGCCACCAUCAAAGUUCGCUGUAGGGAUGGUGCCAGGUUUUCUCCAGACGUGGCGCUUGGCAUUCAGCCCAAAGAGUUCAAUCUUGGUUUCAUCAGACCAGAGAAUCUUGUUUCUCAAUGUCUGAGAGUCCUUUAGGUGCCCUUUGGCAAACUCAAUUUUGACUCUCAUAGUCUGAAUACACUUGUAAAUAAGGUAUUUCAGUUUAAAAAAAAAUACAUUUAAAAAAAUGUUUUAAAAAACAUAAGUUUUCGCUUUGUCAUUAGGGGGUAUGUAACUGACAAUUUACCUGUAAGUCUAUGUCGUUGUUUUUUUGUUUGAAUUGUUUACGUGUUCGCUAUGCGGGGAAAUUAUAAGACAAACGGAACGACGUGGCUAAUAACUGUUGUAACGGGGAUCAUUAUCGUAGCAACACACCUUUGGAGUGAAGGCAAUACCGCGCUGUGUUAGCUAAAUUUUCAUGUCUUCGGGUGUAGUUCGUAAAGGUUGAAGUGUGUAUGUUAGGAUGGAAACGUUAGAAUAAUUAAGGAUGAACCGUGAAUUCAUGCCAGGAAUAAUAAAUGUGAAGUUUUGAUUUCCUCCCUUCUGUAAUAAGCAGCCAAUGAGGGGCUCUCCAAACCAGACCUGUGACAGUGGUGUAUCCAUGGACCUCUUCUUACACUAUUCUCUCGUUCCGUCGGUAAGGGGUCUCUGUGUCCUCGUACAGUACAUUAACAUCCAGUUCGUCAUCGUGGUUGUGCUGUCGGCCCUGCAGAGGAGAUCCAGACACCUGCCCAUUGAUGAGAAGCUCCCCUUUCUCAACAACCGCUUUGGCAUUGUUGUGCCUCUGGACCUCAUGGAGAACCUCAGUAACAGAUGGUCCUAUGGGUUUGCCUUCGGAGCUGUAUCGUCCAGUGUCUUGCUUCUUUUCUCAGAGCAUUACAUGACCUUCAACGUUCCACCCUGGGCCAAAGCUUUUGUGUACCUUGUGGGUGCUCUCGAGGUGGGCCUGGCCUAUUUCCCUUUCUUUGCGUGUCUGUCAACCCCUUGCAGAGAGUUUGGGGCUGUUCUGGGAAUCCUCUACUCUUUGACAUGGAUAAUCAUCACGCUGUGGGAUACAGUGAUGUGUCCCAUUGGUAAGAUACUGGGUAGUCACCAGAAGCUUGUCUACCAGUGGCCGACCAUUUUGUCUCUCGUAUUCCUCCUGGGGCGGUUCACAUACAUGCUGGUCAAAGCUGUUCGGAUUCGACUCCAGCUUGAAACUGAGGACCAAGACCAGCUAAUCCAGUGUCACCAGGCCAAGCAUGUACAGAGGUUGUUGAGGAGGAUCCCUAUUGAACAGAAACUGGAGGCCAGUUGGUUCCAGAGGAGGGUCUAUGACUGGGACCCCCACUUCAAGUUCCCUAACAGAAUGAUCGGCACAUCCAUCAUAUCCCUGAUUGGCUUAUACACGAUGACUUUGGCUGACUAUAGUCUCAGUGACUAUGCGUUUGAUAAAUUGGAUGUUCUGAAAGACCAACUGAAGAAGCUGGCUUUUUCCUGCAAUGAGACAGAGAUAUUUGUAGCUAUGAUCCCCCAAUUUGAGGAAUUCGCUCACGUUGCCAGAAACUGCUGGCUAGCCACGACCAUCUUUGCCAGCCUAACGUCUGUGUCAUACACAUUCCAUGUGUUAGCAUGCUACCGGAAACAUCUGAAGAGAUUGUGGGCGGGGGAGAAGGCCUUUCUUCCUGAGAAAUUCCAUAAUCCCAAUUCUGCAGUCAGUGUGGCUGCCAUCACAAGAUACUCCGGAUGGCAAAUAGCAUUUACUUUGUGGGGUUUUCUAAUUGUUCACUUUGUCCAGUUCGUCUUUGCGUUGCUCUUUACCUACGGAGUGGUCCUCCCCAUCCAAAAUGGAAGAGUGUUGGAAAUGUUGACCAACAUGGGAACCAUUCUUUUGACCAUAGGUAUCGUUAUAGGAUUGGUUAUACUACAGGUGGUGCUGGUCCAAGUGUUCUUCCUUCAGGACAAGAUCUCACCGUCAGACAGGAAGAAACCUCUGGCACUCAACAACAGGAAGGCGUUCCACAACUUCAACUACUUCUUCUUCUUCUACAACGUUGUGAUGGGCCUGAGUAACUGCAUCCUGCGUCUGCUAACCAGCUGCGUGGUGGGCACCUGGCUGGUGUCACGCAUCGACCGUACCAUCAUGCCGAAGGGAUACGAGUCCAUGGACCCUGGUUACAGUACUUGGAUCGGGAUGAUUUUUGCAGACCACUACCACAACAAUCCUGUCAUGGUGUGUUUCUGCCAUCUUCUCCUGUCCAACACCACGGCGAAACAACAGAGGACCACAGAGGCAGCAUCCUACUCCACGUUCAACAACACAUCUUCGCCAGAUUCAGCCCGUGGAAGCAGGGCCAGGCGGCGAUGGAUGCUCCUCUACACCCUGAUGAAGAACCCACGACUGAUCCUCCUGAGGAAGAACAGGACCUCGUCCAGUCCCACUCACCACCAGGACACUGUGGUCCAAGCCUGGCUGCUGGCCUCUCAGACCGAACAGAUGGGACAGGCACCAGAGAUGACGGCCACAGCCGCUACAGUUACGUCAGAUCAGACGAUGACCAAUGGGCAGGCAUUAACUGACUGAUUCUGCUCCGGGUUUAUACACGCGCGGCCUGAAAUAGUGUAGUACAAUACUGUGAUGUAACAUUUAGUAGACCUACAGACAUUCCGAGGACACGUUUUGGCUCAUGAGUGCUACACUUGAUACUACAGGCCAAUUCUUCUGUAGGCCAAGCUCUUACAAUGUAUUGUAUUGUAUGUGAUGAAUAAUAUGAUUAAUGUAUUGUAAAUUCGGGAAAUAGCUACAUAAUUACUUCUACUGUGAAAGAUGACAGGACAAAUGGACACAGUUAUGCUUUUUACCUCAUAAUGGCCCGUUUGUUUUUAGUAGGCCACAUAGCCGCGGGAAGUAGAGGUGCUGAGGGCGCUGCAGCACUCCCUGAAAAAUCAUCAUUAAAAAAAUAUACAGUACCAGUCAAAAGUUUGCACACACCUACUCAUUCAAGAGUUUUUCUUUAUUUGUACUAUUUUUCUACAUUGUAGAAUAAUAGUGUAACCCUUGAAUGAGUAGGUGUAUCAAAAAUGUUGACUGGUAAUUGUAUAUACAUUUUAAAAUAUGUUUAUUCUUAAAUAUGUUUUUUUUUCUUCUCAUAAAAAUAGUGCACUGGGCCUUUACUACUAUUAGCAGAACAAUAUAGAUGUCUGUAGCUCAAGCAACAAAAUAAUUCAGCAUCUCUGCUCUGGCAAAAAAGCUAGUUGUAUAAUUAAGAACAGUAUUUUGCAGGAUUAAAUUGUAGGAAUUGAA